UACUGUAUGUGACCUCUUGAGCAGGGGUACAGCAAGGUCAGACAACUCCACAUGCUCCUGAUUACAGGCUAAUCAACUGGCUACCUACCAUUCACCCAAUCAGUGCACAAAGGCAAAACGCCCUUGAAUUAAUUUAAACCAGAGGCCCACUUCAGCUCAUUUUUUACCAUCUGCAGCAUUUAUGACACCAGUUUAAAUCAUCAUUAUGUAGCAGAGGUGGAUGUUCUCUUGUGCUUACUCUGAGCUGCAAACACUGAUGUGGGCUAUAACUAAAGAGAUGGGCUUGUUAGGGUCUGUGAAUAAGGGAUAGUUAAUAUUUAAAAGCUGAAUGAGAGGACAGGAGGAAGAUGGAUAUUUCCACUCUCCGCAACGAGACAAUCCUGCACUAUGAGACUCACAUGGAAGCUAUAUUCCUCAUAUUCAACUGCACAGUCCUGACCCUGACAUUAGUCUUGGGUUCACCCGGGAACCUGUGGGUGUGUUGGGUUGUUUUCAGAACCAAAAGCCUGCAGACCUGCAACAACGCGCUGCUGGUCAGCUUAGCCGCCAGCGACCUCCUCAAGUGCUCCGUGGACACGCCGCUGCUGCUCUUCUCUUUCCUCCGCUACGGGAAGGACGGCCAGGUGUCGGUGCCCGUGUGCACCCUGCAGCAGUUCACCUACACCCUGUGCAGCUGCGUCCAGCUGCUCACGCUGGUCAGCAUCAGCGUGGAGCGCUUCCAAGCCAUCGCUUUCCCCUUUCAAACCGAGAGGAGGAAAGCGAGGGCCCGUUUCUGGAUCCCGUCCAUCUGGGCAAGCGGCCUCGUCCUGGCUGUAAUCUCUUUGACUCUUUCCAAGAAAGCGCUUUUUUACAUGCUCUGUCGUCCGCACACAGGGGGGCGCGGCGAGGAGCGGGUUCACUAUUCGGAUCCAUUUGGACCCUACGUGCUGGUGCCGGUGUGGGGGCUGUCUCUGACUUUGAUCGUUAUCCACUACGUGCGGAUAUUCAAAGUUGUGAGGCAGCACCGAAAGAAAGUGUUUCACCGGGGAAUCCAGCUGAGGCCCACGGUGUCGGAGCACGUUUGGGGCUGGACGGCUCAGCAAGGCUCUAUCAAGUCUUUGCCCCCCGUGGGCUCCGUCAGCCCGCUGCCUCCCCGCCGGACGGUGCUCCUGGUGGCCGAGGCCGGUGCUCCCUGCGCGGGCGCGUCCGCAGGGGGAGGCGCCCCGGCGAGACCUCCGGAGAUAGUCGGGGCAGUGUGCCUCCUGACACCUGGAGCCAGAGAGAGGGGGAAGAAACAGAUGGAGGGGAAAGUGGCUCAGCGCUUUGGGUACAUAAUCAUUGCCUUCACGCUUUUCUGGGUGCCCAUGGUGGUUAUUUUGCUAGUGAAUGUCAUCUCUUGGCAGGACACGGACAGAUUGCUGAUGGAGCUGGAAACAUCAGCCAUGGUUCUGACCUGCAUGCAGGCUGCAGUGGAUCCUCUCAUCUACACUUUAGUCACCAGGCAGUUUCGCUCCGAGCUCAGCAAGAUCCUCUCCUCCAUCCCGGGAUGUCCACUAAAACUGAGAACCUGAAGUUUUGGGUCACAGGGAUUGCACCUUGUGUUUUACACAGCCAGAGUGAUUUAGAGGCAGGUGAAGAAGAGAGCCCACAGAUUUUUGUAUUUGUGGCAGAUAUAGAUGUUUUAUCAGGCGUUUCACAGUCGGGACACAAGACAAGGUCAUACAUAAUAUCCAACACCUGACAAGAUACGCACAGCAGUAGUCUCAACAACGACAGGUGGCAUAGGAGGGCAAAGCAAAGAGUGAGAAGAAAAUCGACUUGAGCCCAGAAAAAAGACAAUCAAAGAAGAGUACAUAACAGAGAAAGAGAGACAAACACAAUCACAGACCUCUGUUUUUGUUGUUUGUGAAUAAAAAUGCAAUCCUUUUUGACACUUUGAGCGGAAAUAUGCUUACAUAAUAAUUCAAACUGUGUCAUUUUUAAAAGUGCAGCUGACACAAAAACAACCUGUCUGGAAACAGGGAAGCAGAAAAUAAAUCACGUUUAAUCACUGUCCUAGCAACAAAAACGAUACAGGGAACCUCACUUCUGCCAUUACCUAUGUCAUUAUCCUUGUUGUAGUUUCCCAUAGAUUCUAAAUGUCGGACUUGAUGCUGUGAAUAUGAAGUCAAUGUCUUUAACCCCCUUUUUAAAAAAUUACACUGAAAAAUCUCUGCCUGUCUGUGCUUGUCUUCUUUUUUUCCUUUUCUUCUUCUUUGCACAGUUAUAACUAAACACUAACACUGGAUCUAGGCAGCUGUUGUCACUGUGUACAGUACUAAAUUACCAGCAGUAGCACUAGGUCACUACUAGGAAUAUCAGAGGUAAAACACACCCUGUUCCAAGAAUAUUUUUGGCUUUCUUCGGGUUGACACUAACCUGGGAAUCAGAGAGAAUGAAAGAACAACAGAGGAGUCUAAGGGACCUUAGGGGUCUUGUGUAGUGAUGCACUGAUAUGGUACCAAUAUGCUAUAUAUUUCCACCCGUAUGGGCUGAUAUGAUGAUGAUAUGCGUUAACUGUAAGUCUUAGUACAAAUGCAUGUGUAAAACUGGUUAAGCUUUUCAGAUAUCUCCAUCUUAAGGUAAUUAAAUACUUUUUUUUAAAAAAAAGACCAUGAUACAUUUUGCUGCUAGUUUGACGGUUGUUUUAAAUACAGUCUACUUCUACAGGAAAUAAAAGCUACAUAUGGGCAGACAUAAUAUUAGACCAAUUGCAGUAUUGCUUUUGGAAUAUGCUCUUGGCUGAUAUGGACAGUUUGCUGAUAUAGUGGUUUAUAUCUAGCCCUAUCUGUGUGCUCUUGUUCAACCUUGUAUUUCAUCUAUGUGGAGCAGAAGUGGGUGCGUAGUGGGUACUCCCACCAGUGGUGUCAUCCACCUAAAUAAAGGCAGGUCUAACUGUCUGUGGAGCUGUUGGACUCAGAAUGACAUUCAAGAUGAAAAAGGCCAACGAAGAGGCAUUGGCUAGGUUAGCAGAGCUAAAAGGUCACUGUCCAUAGUUACAAAGGUCAACUUUGAUGGGAUUUGAUGAUGGGUAAUAUUAAAGUUACAGGGUGGAUCUGUGAGUCGAGAGAACAGACAGAAUAGCACGUUUUUUUUUUUUGUUUGUGUUUUUUUUUUUUUUUGUUUUGGUGACAGAGAUCUGUGGAUGGCUCGUCCAGUGUCCUCCGUGUCUCUGUGGUCACCGUUACAACAGACUCUUCCCUGCUUUAAGUUCUCCAGAAGAUAAAAUAAAUAAAAUCCUUUGAAACACCAAGGAGGACAAAAAGUACAUACACCAAGUUUCCUAACCACAUAGAGUACACAUACUCAACAACUUUGAAAAAUGCCCGCUGAGUCUGGGGGAGGGGUGAGGGGGAGAGAAAAAACGUUGACAGCUAUAAAGACUACUGAAAGCAUACUGUUGUUCACACAGGAGGUAGGGAUACAACAGGACAACAACGAAAGAGAGAGAGAGA